AUGUUACAAAGUAUUUUAAUUUUUGGGUUUAUAACCGGUAUUAUUUUAGCAUCUAAUGAUGAUAUCAUAANGUUUAUAACCGAUAUUAUUUUAGCAUCUAAUGAUGAUAUCAUAAACCAAAAUUUUGCUGAUAAAUAUAGGCUUCUCAAUCAUUCAUUAUUUGAAAAUGUUAUACCAGUUUAUAAGUAUCAAUGCUUACGUACUGGAAUUACUAUUGUAUUUGGUGACAUUGAUGGACCUCUUGUAAAUGGAUAUUUCACUUUGGCCACAGAAACCCAUGAUGAUGAUGGUAUUCCACAUACAUUAGAGCAUUUAAUAUUUCUUGGAUCGGAAGAUUAUCCUUACAAAGGAGUUAUUCAUUUAAUGUCAAAUCGUUGUUUUGCAAUAGGAAUCGAAGGCUAUACAAAAGUGGAUCAUACUUGUUUCAAAGUCAACACAGCCGGGAGUGAAGGAUUUCUUUCAUUGUUUCCAAUUUAUCUUGAUCACAUUUUAUAUCCUACUUUGAAUGAUGCUGAUUUUAUCACAGAAGUUCAUCGUGUAACUUCAGAAGGUAAAGAUGCUGGUGUUGUUUAUUGUGAAAUUCAAGGACGUGAAAACACUGCAUAUGAUAUUCUAUCUUAUUCGUUGCUUAAAAAAAUAUAUCCUGGUAAAUGUGGCUACAAAUCAGUAUGUGCAGGAACUAUGAAAAAUUUAAGAGAGUCAACUACUAAUGAAAAAAUUCGUAAAUACCAUCAAGCAUAUUACCGGCCUGAAAAUCUGUUACUUCUAGUUACUGGAAAAGUAGACCAUUCUUCUUUUUUUAAUAGUUUAGAACCAGUUAUUCAAAAGAUUUUAUCAAAAGGAAGCCGUGCAGAAUAUGUAAAACCCUGGCAAAGCCCUGUAGAUCCUUUAACAGAAUCUUCAAAUUAUGUAGAACUAUUUCCAUGUGACGAAGAGACCAAUGGUUAUAUCAAUAUAGGUUGGAGAGGCCCAGUUGGGUCAACUUAUUCAUACAAUUAUAUAGCUUGCAAGUUGCUUUUAAAUUAUUUAACUAGUAAGACAAUGUCGAUUGCGUUUGUUCAAACAUCUGACCCAUUAUGUACAUCGGUAUCUUACCGUAUUAGUAAUAAUUUAAAUCCAUCCAUAGUUCUUGUAUUUAAUGAUGUACCAAUUAAAAAAUUAAAUGAAGAAGAAAUACCAUUAAAAUUGAAUAAAGUAUUGGAAAAACUUAUUGAUGAUGAUGAUUAUUUAGACCUACAAAGACUGAGAACAUAUAUUGAAACAGAUAAGCUUUCUAGGCUAAGAAAUCUAGAAACUAAUCCCCGUUUUACUUUAUCAAAUUUAAUAAUUUUUGACUUUUUAUAUGGAAAGAGUCAAUCGGAUUUAGAUGAAAUAUUGAACACAGUUAGUAUUUUGAAUAAACUUCUCAUAGAACAUAUCUCGUUUUGGAAAGGGAUUUUAACUGAUUAUUUUAUAAACAAUCAUAAAGUAGUUGUAAGAGGAAUUCCAUCCAAAAAAAAACAACAUGAACUAGCUAAUGAAGAAAUUCAAAGAGUAUCACAACGCAAAAAAGAUUUAGGGAAAGAUGGUUUAAAAUUAAAAGCUAUUGAACUACAGAAUGCCAAAAUAGAAUCUGAAAAAAAAAUCCCCAGUAAAAUCUUUACGUCAGUUAAAAUUCCUAAUGUUGAAUUCAUUCAGUAUUUAACUCAUGAUACUUUUUCAUCAAAUUCAAUAAAUCAACAUAGUUUAUUCAAAACUUCUGAAGUUCCAUUAUUUGUUGAAAUAGACCAUGUUAAAAGUAAUUUUGUUUACCUGAGUGCAUUUAUCAACACUAAAGAUUUGGCAUUGAAUCUUAGAAACUACUUACCCCUUUUUCUUGAUUUGAUAAUAUAUAAUAAUGUAAUACGAAAUGGUGUGGAAAUUGAUUAUAGGGAAUUAGAAAAAGAUGUACUCUCAACAGAAGCAUCUAUUGGAAUUGGUUCACGAUCGUUUUCAUUGGGAUAUUUUUCCUCUGUCAUACUUUUAUCACUUAAUGUCGAACUAAAAAAAUAUCAUAAAGGCAUCAACUGGCUUCAUGAUUUUCUUCAUAAUAUAGUCAUUUCUAAACAUUGGUUUUCUAUAAAUUUGUCAAGAAAGAUAAAUGAAGUUUCUAGUUUUCGUAGAAAUGGAAUCCAUAUGUUAAAUCAAAUUUUAAUAAAUAUGAUGCACAAACAAGAUAAUAAUGCAUAUGCUUGUAAUACUUUAAGACAAUAUAAGUUUUUAACAAGCUUGCAAAAAACAAUCGAAACUGAAGAAGGUUGGAAAGUUGUAGAUGAAGAUUUAAAAAAAUUAAAAUUAUUUUUAGCCAAUCCAGAUAAUAUUAAAUUACACAUAAUUGGUAAUAUAGAUAAAUUAUGUGAUAUUACUCCUGAAGCUUCUGCUGCAUUACAAAAAGUUAUUCAAGAUAAUUCAAAUUCAUCAGUACAUCCAUUUAAAACACAGUUUGACUUUGAGUCUAUGUUACCUAUAAACCAAUGUGGAAUACGAGCUUGUAUUGUUGGAAUGGGUUCUAUCGAGUCAAGUUAUUUCAAACAAGUUACUGAUUGUAUAAAAGAUUAUAAUCAUCCAGACUUAGCUGCUCUUUAUGUAUUUGUAACAUACUUUACUCAGAAUGAAGGACCUAUAUGGAAGAACGUACGAGGAUUAGGUUAUGCAUAUUCCUGUUGUAUUAUUAUAAAUGCAGACAAAGGAAAAAUUAGCUUAAUGUUUAACAAUUCUGUAAAUGUAUCAGCUGCUUAUAAAGUCACAAAAUCAAUAAUAGAUGAACAUUUAUCCAGCGGCUUUAAUUGGGAUCAAACACUAUUUGAAUCAGCAAAAGGUUGUGUUAUAUUUCAAAUGGUUAAUAACGAGGAUACAGUUAAUACAUUAACUACACAUUCAAUUUUGUUAAACUUCCGAAAUUUAAAACAAACUUAUACCCAGGACCUAGUUAAAAAAAUAUCAUUAGUGAAGCUUGAAGAUCUUUUUGAAAUUGGCAGAAGGUAUGUGAUACCAUUAUUUAAUCCAAAAUAUACCGUAACUGCAAUAGUAUGUCCUCCUACAAAAGUCGAAAAAACAGCUAAUGAGUUUAAAAAAAUUGGUAUUAAAAUGAAUGUGUACAAGUCUUUAAAUGAAAUUUUUAUAAAUAAAAAACAGCAUAAUUGGGUAAAACACAUUUUUAAAUACCUCUAGGGAUACUUUUUUGAAUGAUAUAUUAUCAAAUCUAAAAAUUAUUAAUUAAAUAAAAUACAUUACUCAGUCCAAGACAAUCAAAGUAGAUGCUCAAGAAUUUUAAAU